GUGUAGUCCCUUCACUCCUUGCUCAGAUCUCAUUCUUCUUCUCGCGUCCAAUCCCAAAAAAAAAGACAAAAAUGGCAAAAAUAAUCGAUGGCAAAGCAAUCGCCCUAGACAUCAGAAACGAAAUCGCCAAAGAAGUUCAAACCCUAUCCCAGACUUACAACAAGGUCCCAGGGCUCGCUGUGGUGAUCGUGGGAACUCGAAAGGACUCGCAGAGCUAUGUGGGCAUGAAGAGGAAAGCAUGCGCUCAAGUGGGCAUCAGGUCUUUUGAUAUCGAUUUGCCCGAAGAUAUCUCUGAGGCUGUGGUUAUUGCCAAGGUCCAUGAGUUGAAUGCUGAUCCUGAUGUUCAUGGCAUAUUGGUUCAACUUCCAUUGCCAAAACAUAUAAAUGAAGAGAAAGUCUUGAGUGAAAUCAGUAUAGAGAAAGAUGUUGAUGGAUUUCAUCCUCUGAACAUUGGCAAGCUUGCAAUGAAAGGAAGAGAACCAUUAUUUUUGCCCUGCACUCCAAAGGGUUGCCUUGAACUUUUAUCAAGGAGUGGGAUAAGUGUAAAAGGCAAAAGGGCAGUUGUAGUUGGCCGCAGCAAUAUUGUCGGUUUACCAGUGUCACUGCUUCUCCUGAAAGCAGAUGCGACUGUGACUAUUGUUCACUCACAUACUCCUGAUUCUGAAAAAAUUAUUCGUGAGGCUGACAUUAUUAUAGCUGCAGCUGGGCAAGCGAAUAUGAUCAAGGGAGAGUGGAUUAAGCCUGGAGCUGCAGUUAUCGACGUUGGGACUAACGCUGUCGACGAUCCAAGCAGAAAAUCUGGUUACAGGCUUGUCGAAGUGGCAGGGUGGUUGACUCCAGUUCCAGGUGGUGUUGGCCCCAUGACUGUUGCAAUGCUGCUCAAGAACACCUUGGAUGGUGCCAAGAGGAAGAUUGUGCAAUGAGGAGCAAAAUGAAAAAUACUGGUCGAUCUCAGCUUGUUAAUGUUGUACAUUUUAAAUGUUUUGGUUGGGGAUGACAAAUUUGAAUUUCUUUAUGUUGCUCAUGUUCUCCUGGGAAGUUGUUAAGGCUCCUCGUUUCUUUAUCAUUGAUUCUUAUCGAGCCUUAGGGGCUGUUUGGUUGGUUUCCUAUAA